AUGUCGACAUGGGGUCGCAGAUUUCCCGACUUCAUUCUCACGAGCCUGCGGAGUGGUACAGACCCCCAGGCCUUGGUGGUCUUCGGCUGGGAGAGGCACGGCCCACCCUGUUCCGGGAACCAACCACGCCGCCAGCACAUCUUGCUGGUCAAGGAGAGCUUCAGGGAGGAUGGUGCCGUCAUUCCCUACUGCUGCUGGCCAGUUCCCUGCAAGCACAAGCCUUGUCAAUGUCAGGAUCGUGGGACCCUUCUUUGGGACCAGCAGCUCCUGCCCAAGCAAUUCAGGGCAGUUCCUGGAUUGAGGAUGCCAGUAACCUCAAAUGCUACUGGAUGUGCAUUUCGCCACGUCAUUGACUUCAAGCGUUCCAGUCUCACCUCCAGAGCACCCAAGUACAGCAAAAGCCACUUGGACUCAGCGACUCCAGACUUGCUGGAGUAUCAACAUGCCAAGCAAAAGACUCCAAGACAGAUCACAUACUCUGAGAAGUCCGUGGGGCUGCAAAAUGGCUUCAAGAGCUGCUGCUGCAGGAGGGGCAGGGGCAGCGCCAGAGCAUAG